GUGUCGCAUCGCAUCUAUAAGGACAAAAAAAAAAACGAGGCUCUAAAAAAAAUGCUGCCCAUGCACAUACAGCUGAAGGUGCGCACGCGGGCCACCAAUGGACUGAUCAUGCUGGCCGCCGCUCAGGGCACCAAGGGCGGCCACAAAAAAAAAAUAUUCCUGCAAAAAAAAAUCAUGCAGUUCCAGUUCUCGUGCGGACUGCAAACAAAAAAAAUGAGCGAGCUAAAAAAAACCGUGAACACGGGCCACGAAAUUACCAUUCGAGCUGAAUUGGACUUCAGCCGCAAUUACACGCACUGCAAUGCCUCGCUGCUCGUCAACGACACGUUGGCCAUGUCCGGGGAUCAGCCGACAUGGCUGAAACUGUUGCCGCCGCGACUGCACACGCCCGAGGUCAUAUUGAACACUUGGCUGCAUUUGGGCGGCGCGCCCCAGGCGCCAAUUGGCCUCAUUAUCGAACUGCCGCCAGCUCAAAGCGGCACCGGCUUCACCGGCUGCCUACAUACACUGCGCAUCAAUGGACAGGCUCGCGAAAUCUUUGGGUAAGUCAUCCUUAAUA